AUGAGUAAACUCAGUGCGUUCUUCGAAAAGAAAAAGAAGAAGUCCCUCAAGACUUCCACCCCUGCAGGUCUCGGAGAGAAACCCAAGAAAGAGGAUGAGUCCGUGCUCGUGGUGGAGGAGGCAGACUCCUCGGAGUGGGUUGUCGAGGACCAAGCGAAGCCUGCUUCCCCGCAGGAUGAAGCCCUCGCAACUUGGCUGAAAGUGAGCGUCGUCGACGCAGCCUCGGUCCGGAAGAAGGAACCGGAGAAGACGUGGCACACGGCGGUUUCCGGAGACGACCUCCGCGGCGAGGAGAGGCGCGACGAAGACGCCAGCGACCCGGACGGCGAGCGCGCGGGAAUCCCAGUCGCGGCAUCCGCAGCGGGCGAAGACGGCCAGGACGCAGGGUUCGUCGGCGAGAAGAGUGAGUCGCCUGCAACGAAGAAGUGGGUUCCGCCGAGUCUGCGCGGAAAACGCGCUGUGGGAGGCGGCGCUGGAGCCCGCAUCAACUUUGACGACGACCAGGAUCUCGCGACUGCUGCGCAGCUCGGCUUUUAUUCGGGCAAGGGCGCGGCCAAGAAGAAGGCUGUGAGCCCCGCGCAGCCGCCCAAGGAGGCGAAGAAGGAGAAGGAAAAGAAGAGCGCAGAAGAGAAGAACACUCUCGAGGACCUACCAGCCGUCCCCGAGUUUGAUGUGUGGAAGUACGUGAAGGUUGAGGGCGUCCUUGCAGGCUCGAAAGCCCCGCAAAACGACGAAGCUGUCCGCGCAAAAUACCUCAACAGAAAGAGACUUGCGCAGCGCUCCGCGUAG